GUACGCGAAGCUGCCGCUUCGUUAGUUCGGCAGUGGUCGGCAAACUUCGGUUUCGUGUCGUAGUUUAUGGUAGGGGUAACCUGGAUCGAGCAUAGAGCAAUAGACGGAGAAAGAGAGAGAGAAAGCAAGAGCAAGAUAGAAAUCAGACCAGGACGGUGCAGAGAGCAGAGACCAACGUGUCUCCUCUCGUGCAUGCGUUCGCCUGUACGGAACGGUGGUGUGUGUGCUACAUAGAGAGACAGACAGAAGGACGUAUGCGUGGCGCGGUGAGAAACGUGUUACGAACAGUGACAGACAAGAUGGCGGUGUGUCUUGUGCAGUAGUAGGAUCAGUGGUGCGUAGAGUACAUUAGAAGGAUAAAUAGUGGAAGAAAGGGGUUAGGUGAAAGGUUUAGCAGCUGGAUAGUAUGGAACCAGCUCUUACGACGACCACGAGACGUCGCGGUCAUCAACAUCAUCCGCGGUACACUACGCGUCGACGUAUCGAUGUCUCCAGCAGAGGACCCGCGCAGUGUGGCCCUGCUGAUAUCGUUAAAGAUACGCCGAUUGGUAACAACGAAACGCCAACGACUACAACGUCAUCGAGACUCGAUGAAAAAAGCACUGUCAUUGGUACGGAGUGUUCGACCGCGGUGACAGUACCCACGAUCGUCGGCCCGAGAUGGUUCCAAGAUCCGACGGCCACUACUGCAUCCUCAAAAGACGUCAACAAGAUAACGAACAAGCUCGAAGAUGAUGACAGAGAGAACAUCCGACAUAGGCUCGCGCAGUGUAGCCUGGAUGUUUUCAACGAACGACGCGAACAUUUUGUUCCUGAUAGAAACAAGAACGAGAGCUGUGACAGCUACGUGACGGAACAACCAUCGACUGACAAGCUUCGAUUAAGGCCACGUGGGAACGAGAUAUGCAAAAACGAGUCCGACAACGAGACGAGGAGUAAAGAAACUUCACCGGAGCCUGAGCACGCGGUCGCGAGGGCUCGCGGUGACGGGAACUCUGACGACGAGUCGACCAACGUCGAGGAGGACCCUGAACUUGCUGAGCUUGCCAAACUUAGAUGUCCUAGCGAAAGGACCGAGGUGCAAGCUGAAAGGGAAGCAAGAAGAAGAAAGAGAUGCGCGGAUUAUCCUGGAUUAGCUUUCGGAUGGUCCAUAUUCUCCAGCGACACGAUGAUGAAAUUCGGUCUCAUAAGGAACGAAUUGCAGAAUAUUAUGGGGAACCAACUGAAACGGGCUGAGUCCGAAGUAGCCGCUCUGAAUCGUCGUAUCCAAUUGUUGGAGGAGGACCUCGAGAGAUCGGAGGAACGCCUCGCAACGGCCACUGCUAAAUUGGCAGAGGCGUCGCAAGCUGCGGAUGAGAGCGAACGAGCCCGCAAGAUUCUCGAGAAUCGCAGCUUGGCCGAUGAAGAGCGUAUGGACGCCCUCGAAAAUCAGCUGAAGGAGGCCAGGUUCCUCGCUGAAGAAGCUGACAAGAAAUACGAUGAGGUCGCCCGUAAAUUGGCCAUGGUUGAGGCCGAUCUAGAACGUGCUGAGGAACGUGCCGAGGCCGGAGAGUCGAAGAUCGUCGAGCUUGAAGAAGAGCUGCGCGUAGUUGGCAACAACCUGAAAUCCCUCGAGGUUUCCGAAGAGAAGGCGACGCAAAGAGAGGAGACUUUCGUGGGCCAGGUGAAGAUUCUGGAUAGUCAAUUAAAAGAGGCUGAAGCUCGUGCCGAGUUCGCAGAAAGAUCCGUGCAGAAAUUGCAGAAGGAGGUCGACAGGCUCGAAGACGUGGUGGUAAACGAGCGCUGUAAGUACAAAGCGAUCGCCGACGAAAUGGAUCAGACGUUCGCCGACCUGGCCGGAUAUUAGCAGGCGGGCUAAUUCUCUGAUGAAAUGUGUAUACUUCAUGUGUACACAUACAUGCGCGCAUAUACACUUCUCUGAAUACAUGUAUCGUUUUAAAAUGAGAAAGGGAAACAAAAUAUGAAAAAGGUCACGCUACGUUUAAAGAAACACUGCCAGCACGCGGAUCCUUCGAUGCACGACGCCCAGAGAAACCUUGAUUGUUGAUCAGGACGAAGAGGACGCAACGCCAGGCGUCUUCUGCAGACCCUACACAGCCCAAGACGCUCGAUGGAUUAUGGAAACAGUCGGUUAGAUUGUGUUUAUUGGUUUUUCCUACGGUUAUUUUAUUUUUUAGAUUUUGGCUGAGAAAAAGCAGGUCUAAAAGAAAAGAUCAAAAUAAUUUUAACGAAGAAUGUUGGAAAUACAAGUUGAAGAUAGUUAUUCGUCAGUUUGACUUUCUAACAGCUAUUUGAUUCUGCAAAGUUUGGUUAAGGAAGUAGGAAGAUAAUGGUGAUUUUAGAUGGAUGAUGGGGAAAUAAGUUGAGGAUACUCAUUCGUCUAGUGAUUUUUCGAUAGUUACCUUAUUUUGCAGCAUUUGUUUGCAACGGUGAAAAAGAAAACGAAUAGAUGGAGAGAAUUUGAAAUAAUUUCAAUGAAGCACGUUCAGAAUAGAGGUUAAGCACACUUGUUUGUCAAUUUGAUUUUCUAAUAGCAACUAUUUUCAUUUACAGAAUCUGAUAGAAAGAAUAAGCAUGAUUUUAUAUUUAAAAUAUUUGACAUAGGAAUGGGCGGCAGUUUGAAAAUCGUAUAACAGGUUUCAGUGUGACGUUCAUUCGUGAUUAAAACGCAGUAUUAGAAUCUCAAUCUAAAGUAAUUUAAACGAAGGAAACACUCAGAAUAUCAUUCGGAGGAGAAUGAAUCUGUUAAUUCACAAUGAUCGAAGAAUAUUUUUUGUUUCCUUUUUUUUUCUAGGUCCUUAGUACGUGAAAAAGAAAGAUAUUAUUUUUAUUUAACUUUCGUUCAACCCUAGAUUCGAAUAAUAUGAUUUAUUAUUCAUUUAUUGUUUCGUUUAUUAACGACAACUAGAAUCUAGAUUUAAACGGUCAUAUACGUAGACCGAAUUUCUUCCCUGUCUCUUUACUAUUUCUAUUCUAUUUAUUUUACACGUAUUUUAUAUUAUCAAUUCCGUUCUUCCGUUAGUUUUUAACUUCUAUACUUCAUUUUAUCAUUGAAAUUAGAAACGAUUGACUAAUAGAUCAAUCAAUACAUUUUUUCAAACAUUCCUUCCAUUUUCAACUUUAUGCAUUUAAAAAACUAUUAACAACAAGUAUCAAUAUCGGUGCUCUAUAGCUGUGUAGGCGUUCUUUCAUCCAGUUCAUCCUUAAUCGCGAAUCCUAACCACCCACACCCACGUAGACGGUCCUGUAUCCAUCAGCAACGCAUUUAAUCGCGAAGUUCAGCUUGUGCAGCCAGAUUGAUAGUUAUUCGUCUCGCGUACUCACCAUUAAGUUUGUCGUGAAUUGAGAAGCGGCUUACUUCGUGCCAAGGGAUGGCGGUAACUUUCGUGUAUAAUCGAGAUACUGUGCAGAGAGAUAACCAACGUUUGAUACUCGGCAAAUGAAAAGAAACGAAAUAGGGAGAUUAAAAAUUUGAGAAAGAAAGUAAAGUGGAAAGUUGGUCGAGCGGACAAAAUAAUUGGCGGAUUUUUAAAAGAAAUAUUUGUCGUCGUCGAGUGUGGAUGUAUAAUAUAGCCAAAUCGUUAAAAACAAUUAGGAACAAAAGGUGUGAAAAAGGAUUGUUUGAAGUUGAACGAAUAGUCAAAAACAGCCACAUCGAGUAUAUAGAACAUGAAUAGGAACAUUGGACAAACUAUUUUCGCAAUCUUAUGAAUUGUAUUCGAAUAUACGUUGCAGGUUAUAAGUAUUAAGAUAUUAGAUCUAUUUGAUAUAUUUAUUGGAAAAUUCUUGAUAAUAAAUAUCAGUUUCAUAAAGUUUGUUUUAUUUAAUGUUACAAGUAGACCACGGAUUUUUUAACAUUUAUGUUACAUUUAAAAAUGCAAAAAAGGUAUAUAGUUAGAUCGACUUUCACGGUUAUGUUCAUAACGAUAUGAAUUUGUAUAAAGAUUCAGGGUCCAAUCAUAUUUAGAUUUAUAAUAAAAUAAUUUGAAAAUAGAAACAGUAGAAAGCAUUGAAUUUGUCAGAAAUUUAAAUAUCAUGCGUGUCUUAAUACUUGUGACUAGCAGUGUAUAUUAGUAGAAAAGAGGACAAACUGUUUGCUUCGUGUGUUAAGUUCGUUCAUAUCGAUGUGGUUAGGCAGUGCGGUCUAUCGAUCGAUAUAGUCUGUCUGACAUCGGUUGACCUCUCAAGGCCAUUUGUAUCUAGAGCAAUCCCCACUACACUCGCAAUCAGUUUACUUGGUAUCUCUCUCCUAUUAUUUUCCAGGAAGAAUGGGCCAAGUUUCUAAUUAAAUUACUCGCUGAAUCUUGUUUCCUAAUAAUGUGAAAUGUGUUUGUAGAGAAUUUAAGUGGAAGAAACGUAUUUUAGAAUAAAAAAUAAAUGGUCUUGAAUAUUCCAUAGAUUUUGGACAGACUCUAAUGUCAAUUUAGAGUUAAAAUUCGUUAUAUUUCGCGAUCUUUAGCGCCUGCUUCUUUGCUUUCGCAACUCGUAAACUUACGAGACUGCCACGCGUUUCGGUUGACACAAGCAGCUUUUAUGUUGGAUGUUUCGCUUAGACAAAAAUGAAUUUCGCCAAGAAAGAUUGUACUGUUUUAUGUUGAUGAAUUAAAAUUUGUCUACCUUUUAAUUACUCUGGAAUUCUUUUUAUCAACGUCCACAUAACAUGUUUCUAUCCACAGAUUACUAUUAAAUAUAAAUUAAAUAUGAAUAUUAAUUUUCAAUUAGUAUUAACGUUAAAGGAGAGUUCUUGGUAAUUAAAAGGUAAAGAAUAAGAAAGUAAAGAAAGUGAUAACGAAUUGAUAAGAUUAAGAAACGCUCUUGGUAUGUUUAACAUUUUUAAAGACUGAAGUUUUUCAGUUUCUUGGUAACUAAUAAAAGAAAAAUGAGAUAUUGCUGAAAUCUAAUUGCGAAGAGCUUUAUAGCAGAGUUGGGCAUUAUUAAGAUGAAUCUUUUGAAUCAUUCCAUAAAUAUAAAUCAUAUAUCACUGCAUUUCUUCGUGUAAAUGCAUUUUAAUCGCUUUUAUGCUCAAUUUUUUCACGUGUUCAACCAUUCAGUAGAAUUUUACCCAAAUCUGUUUUAAAAUGGGCCCAACUGAGAACGUGCACUUACCACUGCGAUACCAGUCCUACGUAACAGUUAACCUUUUACUGUACUUAUAUCACUUUCAAUAAAUGUGCAUUUUUUAUACUUGAA